GAAGACUAUGAUAUUAAAAUUACUUUAGAAAAUAAAUAAGAAACAGAGGAAAAGGUGAAGGAAAAGUCUCUCCGUUUUCUUCGUCGGCCUUCCUUUCUCCUUUUCUGUCUCUCCUUUGGCACCGAACCAAAACAAAAAACAAAGACAGAAGACAACAAACUACUACCAUCAAAACAAUGCCUGCGUUGAACAACUUUUCCGCCGCCGAGAAAGAAGACGACCAACUUGGUCGUACCACACAAGCUGAGGAGAAAGAAGAAGAUCCGGACCACAUGGAUGUGAUGGAAGAAGAAGAAGCGUUAGAAGAAGAAGGUUCCAAGGAGAGAAGUCCAUCUUCUACAUCAGAAGAGCAAUCAGAAUCAGAAUUUAUAGAAGGUAUUGAUCUAGAGGAUAUCCGUACGUACGUGCAGUGUCCGAUAUGUCUAGGAAUUAUAAGGAAAACAAGGACUUUCAUGGAAUGUCUCCAUCGGUUUUGUCAAGAGUGCAUUGAUAAGUCAAUGAGAUUUGGGAACCAUGAGUGUCCUGCUUGUAGAAAACAUGUAGCCAGCCGACGUUCAUUAAGACCCGACCCAAAAUUCGAUGCUUUUAUUGCAGCUAUAUUCGGAAAUAUCGAUAGUUAUGAGGAGCAGGAUUUGGCUUUUGAUGGAGAUGAGUUGGCUCGUAAUAUGCAGAUUCAAGCAACUAUAGCUCAAGUAUCGCAACGACAAUCUGAGGCCCUUGUGAAAACAAAGUCUUCUGGUAAAGAUGCACCGAGAUCACAGCCUAGUGGUAGUGGCUCCAGAAGAAGAAGGAGGAACAGCAGAAACAUGGAACAUGAUACAUCACAAGCCGCCCAUGAUGAUGAUGGUGAUAACAACAGAGUCAACGCUUCGUCUUCUGCUGAAAUACUGCCGAGAAAAAGAAACAGGCGCUCUGCAGCUCGUUCUACAGCUCAGCCUUCUUCUUCUUCAUGUCCAAGCAACAAUGAUAAUAACUGCGCUAAUGAUGUCACAGAGGAAGCGCAUCAUAGAGACAGCAGAGGCAUAGCACAUGGGUUUGCAUGGGGAAAAGGCGGCAGAAGGAGUAACGCAAGACAAGGGAACAAUAACCAAGGAGCUAGUAGUAGUAAGAGUGUUAGGAAUGCUCGCUUGAACAGACUUGUGGAUUAUCUCAGUACCUUAGAGAGUAACAGUGUCUAAAGAUUACAGAUGUUCUCUUCAGAUUUUUAUUGGCUUGU